AUGGAUGCAGGCCCGGAUCGGGUAACCCUAUCCCCAGACAAGCAGGCCCGCGCCCUGGCUCUCUCCCCUCCGUGUGAAGUCCGGACACUCCUGCUCUGGCUGUGGGCUGGACAGCUGCUGGCCCUGUUUACUGCUGCGGCCCCUCGCGGGGUAGCAAUCUUCAUACCUGGUCAAUGUCAGCGGCUACAGCCCCUCCCUGUGGCCUGUGUCUCCAACGGGAGCACACAAAGCACUAUUCUAAACAUUGUAAACACAUAAAACCAGUGAUCCCACUCUGGAACACCUUUGGCUCUGUAAAGCGGGAAGCCUUUUAAAUUUGGUUUGCUUUGGGUCAUAGGAAACUAUUAGGGGAGCGGGUGUUAAUGGGGUGAUACGUACGGUCAGUAAGUUCCCAGGUUCAAAAGUUCUACUCCAUUAUAUCCCUUAGCUUGGAGAGGGCCUUAAUACCUUUACCCCAGAACAAAUAACGCACUCUCACUCUCUAAUAUCUGCUACAUGGUAAUAAAGGAAAGGUACGGCUGGUCAAGUGUUUGGCCGACUUCACGCUUUACACACUCAGUGAAAGUGUUCACUAACAGACAUUGGGCUGUCUAAAUGUUUAUUACCUACGUAUAACCAUUAUAUUAGUAAGGAAUGCAAUCUCCUUUCCACCUUUUGAUGACAUAUAAAGCUCUUGGCCUUGACUGUACCAUUUGUUCUGAAGACAGCCUGAGACAUUAAGGACAGUGUGUGAACCAGUUCAAGAAGCCAAGGGAUUUACUGGCUAUCUAUUUCUUUCCUUACACACCUUUUGAUGAGAGAUUUGAGUGAAUUUGUGAACAACUUUCAAUUACAUCUAUCUUUAGGGGGGUUCCAUCUGUGUGGUAGGAGCUGCUUAUCUAGUGUAUUUACACAUCUGCACUAAUCUAUGUGAUCAUAAUUAGCAUGAUAUACACUACCGUUCAAACGUUUGAGGUCACUUAGAAAUGUCCUUGUUUUCGAAAGAAAAGCUAUUAAUUAUUUUGUCCAUUAAAAUAACAUCAAAUUGAUCAGAAAUACAAUGUAGACAUUGUUCAUGUUGUAAAUGGCUACUGUAGCUGGAAACGGCUGAUUUUUAAUGGAAUAUCUACAUAGGCCCAUUAUCAGCAACCAUCAGUCCUGUGUUCCAAUGGCACGUUGUGUUUGCUAAUCCAAGUUUAUCAUUUUAAAAGGCUAAUUGAUCAUUAGAAAACCCUUUUGCAAUUAUGUUAGCACAGCUGAAAACUGUUGUGCUGAUUAAAGAAGCAAUUAAAUUGGCCUUCUUGAGACUGGUUGAGUAUCUGGAGCAUCAGCAAUUGUGGGUUCGAUUACAGGCUCAAAAUGGCCAGAAACAAAUAACUUUCUUCUGAAACUCGUCAGUUCUUGUUCUGAGAAUUGAAGGCUAUUCCAUGCGAGAAAUUGGCAAGAAACUGAAGAUCUCGUACAACGCUGUGUACUACUCCCUUCACAGAACAGCGCAAACUGCCUCUAACCAGAAUAGAAAGAGGAGUGGCAGGCCCCAUUGCACAACUGAGCAAGAGGACAAAUACAUUAGAGUGUCUAGUUUGAGAAACAGACGCCUCACAGGUCCUCAACUGGCAGCUGCAUUAAAUAGUACCCGCAAAACACCAGUCUCAACGUCAACAGUGAAGAGGUGACUCCGGGAUGCUGACCUUCUAGGCAGAGUUGCAAAGAAAAAGCCAUAUCUCAGACUGGCCAAUAAAAAGAAAAGAUUAAGAUAAAAGAACACAGAUUGGAAAAAAGUGUUAUGGACAGACGAAUCGAAGUUUGAGGUGUUCAGAUCACAAAGAAGAACAUUUGAGACGCAGACCAAAUGAAAAGAUGCUGGAGGAGUGCUUGAUGCCAUCUGUCACGCAUGGUGGAGGCAAUGUGAUGGUCUGGGGGUGCUUUGGUGGUGGUAAAGUGGGAGAUUUGUACAUGGUAAAAGGGAUCUUGAAGAAGGAAGGCUAUCACUCCAUUUUGCAACGCCAUGCCAUACCCUGUGGACGGCGCUUGAUUGGAGCCAAUUUCCUCCUACAACAGGACAAUGACCCAAAGCACAGCUUCAAACUAUGCAAUAACUAUUUAGGGAAGAAGCAGUCAGCUGGUAUUCUGUCUAUAAUGGAGUGGCCAGCACAGUCACCGGAUCUCAACCCUAUUGAGCUGUUGUGGGAGCAGCUUGACUGUACGGUACGUAAGAAGUGCCCAUCAAGCCAAUCCAACUUGUAGGAGGUGCUUCAGGAAGCAUGGGGUGAAAUCUCUUCAGAUUACCUCAACAAAUUGACAACUAGAAUGCCAAAGGUCUGCAAGGCUGUAAUUGCUGCAAAUGGAGGAUUCUUUGAUGAAAGCAAAGUUUGAAGGCCACAAUUAUUAUUUCAAUUAAAAAUCAUUAUUUCUAACCUUGUCAAUGACUACAUUUCCUAUUCAUUUUGCUGUAUUUCCUAUUCAAACUCAUUUCAUGUAUGUUUUCAUGGAAAACAAGGACAUUUCUAAGUGACCCCAAACUUUUGAACGGUAGUGUAUAUAUCCCUGUAUUAAGCAUAGGCUCAUGUCAAAGGCCCCUAGCUAAUAGCCUGCUCUAAACCAUUGUUCAGACCAUGGUAUAGCAAUACACUUCAGAGUAACAGUGUACCUCCUUGAAAGUGAAGGUGAUAUAUUUCAGCCCUGAAUUGUGACCACAAAUAGUCCCAAUUGUAACUCUCUUUCUUUCAGCUUUAACACAUCGAGGAAUACUCUCCAACAAUCUUUGGAGCCUUGACUUUUAAAUUGAUCUGAGUGUUUACACAGAAAUUGUGUUAUUUAAAACUGAGCCCCAACUAAAUACAUCCUUGAAAUUCCCAUGGUGCCCUCCUUGUGUGAUGGGUUCAGCAGCAGGCCUACUGUUUGUGUUCUUGAAGACGUGUGUCUUAGUUUCUCUGGGACUAAGCACAUCAUAUGACUAGCCUACCUAUAUUAGUUUUCAGGCAAAAUGUCCACAAUCGAAGUGCAUCCAAGCCAAAGUACACAAUUCAUUUUUCUACGUGCUUUUAAACAUCUUGUAACUUUCCUGUCUCUUCUUAUGUCAACUAAAAAUAAGCAAAGGCUACACUGAAAGUCAAACAAAUUAAAUUAUCAUCGAUACUUUUCCGGGCAACACUACUUUGGUCUUCUAAGAAAAGAUGGACCAAUUGCCAUGGAAACUAUUUAUUUGUGACUUAAGGGCUCAGCAACUCUAGAGUCCAGAGGCAUGGGAACCAUGAUGGCCAUGCCAUGCAUCUCGGGCCAGGUGGCGGACACCGGACGCUCCCGUUUUGCACAGCAAAUGGCCCGAUUUAGUUUGGGGUGGUCUGCCGUCUGUGCUAGGAGCAAGGCUCAGAGUAGAGGCUCUGAAAGCUGUCAGAUCAUCCGUUUGUGGAUGCCUGCCACAGCAUGUUCGAAGACACGCAUACAGGGCAGCGCUGAUGGAAAUGUCAGUCAAUGGAAAUGUGCCACAUUAUGUGAUACACAGCAAACUUUGUAGCCUCUAUUUUUUUCAAUAGCGGAUGCCUACAAUGAAGACAGAGAAAUGUAGGUGUAACUGUAGGUCACCACUUCCAGGGGCUGUGAAAAGGGUCACAUAUCCAGGGUACCUUUGGCCCUGAUUAUUACUAUCCUGUAAACUCUUCCUCCAAACCAGAAAAUAGGAUGGCCGUGUCUGAAUAUGCGUACUUGCUUUCUAAAUAGUAGGCUGAUUGAGUAUUCAAAAAUAGAACGUUUUAGAGUAUGUGAAAUUUCGAAAAUUAAGUACGCUUUAAAUGCCAGCAUGUCAUACUGAUUUCUCCUUUUCAUCAACACUGAACAAAAAUAUAAAACGCAACAUGCAACAAUUUCAAAGAUAUUACUGAGUUACAGUUCAUAUAAGGAAAUCAGUCAAUUGAAAUAAAUUCAUUAGGCCCUAAUCUAUGGAUUUCACGACUGGGAUUACUGAUAUGCAUAUGUUGGUCCACAGAUACCUUUUAAAAAAGGUAGGUGUGUGGAUUAGAAAACCAGUCAGUAUCUGGUGUGACCACCAUUUGCCUUAUGCAGCACGACACAUCUCCUUCGCGUAGUGUUGAUCAUGUUGUUGAUUGUGGCCUGUGGAAUGGUCCCACUCCUCUUCAAUGGCUGUGCGAAGUUGCUGGAUAUUGAUGGGAACUGGAACACUCUGUCUUACAUGUCGAUCCAGAGCAUCCCAAACAUGCUCAAUGGGUGACAUGUCUGGUGAGUAUGCAGGCCUUGGAAGAACUGGGACAUUGUCAGCUUCCAGGAAUUGUGUACAGAUCCUUGCGACAUGGGGCUGUGCAUUAUCAUGCUGAAACAUGAGGUGAUAGCGGCGGAUGAAUGGCACGACAAUAGGCCUCAGGAUCUCGUCACGGUAUCGCUGUGUAUUCAAAUUGCCAUUGAUAAAAUGAAAUUGUGUUCAUUGUCCAUAGCUUAUAGCUGUCCAUACCAUAACCCCACCGCCACCAUGGGGCACUCUGUUCACAUCAGCAAACCGCUCGCCCACACGACGCCAUACACGCUGUCUGCCAUCUGCCCGGUACAGUUGAAACAUGGAUUCAUUCGUGAAGAGCACACUUCUCCAGCGUGCCAGUGGCCAUCUAAGGUGAGCAUUUGCACACUGAAGUCGGCUACGACGCCGAACUGCAGUCAUGUCAAGACUCUGGUGAGGACGACAAGCAUGCAGUUGAGCUUCCCUUAGACGGUUUCUGACAGUUUGUGCAGAAAUUCUUCAGUUGUGUAAAUCCAUAGUUUCAUCAGCUGUCCGGGUGGCUGGUCUCAGACGAUCCCGCAGGUGAAAAAGCCGGAUGUGGAGGUCCUGGGCUGGCGUGGUUACACAUGGUCUGCGGUUGUGAGACAGGUUGGACAUACUGCCAAACUCUCUAAAACAACAUUGGAGGCAGCUUAUGGUAGAGAAAUGAACAUUCAAUUAUCUGGCAACAGCUCUGGUGGACAUUCCUGCAGUCAGCAUGUCAAUUGCAAACUUAAGACAUCUGUGACAUUGUGUUGUGUGACAAAACUGCACAUUUUAGAGUGGCCUUUUAUUGUCCCCAGCACAAAGUGCACCUGUGUAAUGAUCAUGCUGUUUAAUCUAAGAUGACAUAUGGAAUUGUUUUAAGAUGGUCAUACCAUGGAUCAUUUAGGUAUUUGAUUUUGAGUUUUAAGACCCCUUUAGUUAUAAAAAAUAUAUAUAAAAUAUUGAAUUUGGCCUUACUACUACCCAUAGAAAUGCAUCGAAUAACACAUUCAUAAAUGGCAAAAAAGACUAAUCAAAACAUAAAUCAUAAGGAAUAAGGUUUUGAAGUGUCUGUCCUAUAUUUAGGAGAUAUAAGAAAGCUCAGGAAAUAUGUAUAUACAGUUGAAGUCGGAAGUUUACAUACACUCAUUAAAACUCGUUUUUUAACCACUCCACAAAUUUCUUGUUAGCAAACUAGAGUUUUGGCAAGUCGGUUAGGACAUCUACUUUGUGCAUGACACAAGGAAUUUUUCCAACAAUUGUUUACAGACAGAUUAUUUCACUUAUAAUUCACUGUAUCACAAUACCAGUGGAUCAAAAGUUUACAUACACUAAGUUGACUGUGCCUUUAAACAGCUUGGAAAAUUCCAGAAGCUUCUGAUAGGCUAAUUGACAUAAUUUGAGUCAAUUGGAGGUGUACCUACAGAUGACCAAUUUUGUGGUAGCUCAAUUGGUAGAGCAUGGCGCUUGUAACGAUCCCCGGGACCACCCAUACGUAAAAAUGUAUGCACACAUGACUGUAAGUCGCUUUGGAUAAAAGCGUCUGCUAAAUGGCAAAUUAUUAUUAUUAUUAUUACCUGUGGAUGUAUUUCAAGGCCUACCUUCAAACUCAGUGCCUCUUUGCUUGACAUUAUGGGAAAAUCUAACGAAAUCAGCCAAGACCUCAGAAAAAAAAUGGUAGACCUCCACAAGUCUGGUUCAACCUUGGGAGCAAUUUCCAAACGACUGAAGGUACCACGUUCAUCUGUACAAACAAUAGUACGCAAGUAUAAACACCAUGGGACCACGCAGCCGUCAUACCGCUCAGGAAGGAGACGCGUUCUGUCUCCUAGAGAUUAACGUACUUUGGUGCGAAAAGUGCAAAUAAAUCCCAGAACAACAGCAAAGGAACUUGUGAAGAUGCUGGAGGAAAAGUAUCUAUAUCCACAGUAAAACGAGUCCUAUAUCGACAUAACCUGAAAGGCCACUCAGCAAGGAAGAAGCCACUGCUCCAAAACCGCCAUAAAAAAAGCCAGACUACGGUUUGCAACUGCACAUGGGGACAAAGAUCGUACUUUUUGGAGAAAUAUCCUCUGGUCAUAAUGACCAUCGUUAUGUUUGGAGGAAAAAGGGGGCAGCUUACAACCCGAAGAACACCAUCCCAAUCGUGAAGCAUGUGGGUGGCAGCAUCAUGCUAUGGGGGUGCUUUGCUGCAGGAGGGACUGGUGCACUUCACAAAAUAGAUGGCAUCAUGAGGAAGGAAAUUUAUGUGGAUAUAUUGAAGCAACAUCUCAAGAUAUCAGUCAGGAAGUUAAAGCUUGGUCGCAAAUGGGUCUUCCAAAUGGACAAUGACCCCAAGCAUACUUUCAAAGUUGUGGCAAAAUGGCUUAAGGACAACAAAGGCAAGGUAUUGGAGUGGCCAUCACAAAGCCCUGACCUCAAUCCUAUAGAAGAUUUGUGGGCAGAACUGAAAAAGCGUGUGCGAGCAAGGAGGCCUACAAACCUGACUCGGUUACACCAGCUCUGUCAGGAGGAAUGGGCCAAAAUUCACCCAACUUAUUGUGGGAAGCUUGUGGAAGGCUACCCGAAACGUUUGACCCAAGUUAAACAAUUUAAAGGCAAUGCUACCAAAUACUAAUUGAGUGUAUGUACACUUCUGACCCACUGGGAAUGUGAUGAAAUACAUUUAAUAAAUCAUCCUUACUGACCUAAAACAGGGAAUUUUUACUAGGAUUAAAUGUCUGGAAUUGUGAAAAACUGAGUUUAAAUGUAUUUGGCUAAGGUGUACAGUGGGGAAAAAAAGUAUUUAGUCAGCCACCAAUUGUGCAAGUUCUCCCACUUAAAAAGAUGAGAGAGGCCUGUAAUUUUCAUCAUAGGUACACGUCAACUAUGACAGACAAAUUGAGAAGAAAAAAAUCCAGAAAAUCACAUUGUAGGAUUUUUAAUGAAUUUAUUUGCAAAUUAUGGUGGAAAAUAAGUAUUUGGUCACCUACAAACAAGCAAGAUUUCUGGCUCUCACAGACCUGUAACUUCUUCUUUAAGAGGCUCCUCUGUCCUCCACUCGUUACCUGUAUUAAUGGCACCUGUUUGAACUUGUUAUCAGUAUAAAAGACACCUGUCCACAACCUCAAACAGUCACACUCCAAACUCCACUAUGGCCAAGACCAAAGAGCUGUCAAAGGACACCAGAAACACAAUUGUAGACCUGCACCAGGCUGGGAAGACUGAAUCUGCAAUAGGUAAGCAGCUUGGUUUGAAGAAAUCAACUGUGGGAGCAAUUAUUAGGAAAUGGAAGACAUACAAGACCACUGAUCAUCUCCCUCGAUCUGGGGCUCCACGCAAGAUCUCACCCCGUGGGGUCAAAAUGAUCACAAGAACGGUGAGCAAAAAUCCCAGAACCACAUGGGGGGACCUAGUGAAUGACCUGCAGAGAGCUGGGACCAAAGUAACAAAGUCUACCAUCAGUAACACACUACGCCGCCAGGGACUCAAAUCCUGCAGUGCCAGACGUGUCCCCCUGCUUAAGCCAGUACAUGUCCAGGCCCGUCUGAAGUUUGCUAGAGUGCAUUUGGAAGAUCCAGAAGAGGAUUGGGAGAAUGUCAUAUGGUCAGAUGAAACCAAAAUAGAACUUUUUGGUAAAAACUCAACUCGUCGUGUUUGGAGGACAAAUAAUGCUGAGUUGCAUCCAAAGAACACCAUACCUACUGUGAAGCAUGGGGGUGGAAACAUCAUGCUUUGGGGCUGUUUUUCUGCAAAGGGACCAGGACGACUGAUCCGUGUAAAGGAAAGAAUGAAUGGGGCCAUGUAUCGUGAGAUUUUGAGUGAAAACCUCCUUCCAUCAGCAAGGGCAUUGAAGAUGAAACGUGGCUGGGUCUUUCAGCAUGACAAUGAUCCCAAACACACCGCCCGGGCAACGAAGGAGUGGCUUCGUAAGAAGCAUUUCAAGGUCCUGGAGUGGCCUAGCCAGUCUCCAGAUCUCAACCCCAUAGAAAAUCUUUGGAGGGAGUUGAAAGUCUGUGUUGCCCAGCGACAGUCCCAAAACAUCACUGCUCUAGAGGAGAUCUGCAUGAAGGAAUGGGCCAAAAUACCAGCAACAGUGUGUGAAAACCUUGUGAAGACUUACAGAAAACGUUUGACCUGUGUCAUUGCCAACAAAGGGUAUAUAACAAAGUAUUGAGAAACUUUUGUUAUUGACCAAAUACUUAUUUUCCACCAUAAUUUGCAAAUAAAUUCAUAAAAAAUCCUACAAUGUGAUUUUCUGGAUUUUUUAUUCUCAUUUUGUCUGUCAUAGUUGACGUGUACCUAUGAUGAAAAUUACAGGCCUCUCUCAUCUUUUUAAGUGGGAGAACUUGCACAAUUGGUGGCUGACUAAAUACUUUUUUUCACCACUGUAUGUAGACUUCCGACUUCAACUGUAUAUAUUUUUUACAUACAUUUAACCCCAUUUUUUGGUAGGCACAAAACUACCUUCAUACUUCCAUUAAUGUUUUAAACCGGUACCGGUUACCUUCAGACGAGUCCCGUGACACUUGUGGGGGUCGUAGAGCAAAACGGAGAACACCAUCAUGUUUGUGAGAGUCUCAAAUUUCCAUAGAGUGGUCAUAAUAGUUUGUAGCAUCCAUUCGGAUGCUGCAGACGUUUUCGUGAGAAGGCCAAUCUAGCUCUGCCACCUUUCACCGCAGAUGUGGAAGUGCGACAUCAGCGGAUGCGGUGGAUUGAGACGCAUCCAAUGCAAAAAAAAACCUGGAUAUCUUUAACUUAAACUGACUGAUUUUGAUGGGGAUUUUUUUAUUAUAUCUAGGGGGAUAUAUUCAGGGCCCUAAAAGUGUGGCUCGACCAGUUGUUGGGGGAAAAUCGAGAAGCCAUGGAUACGCUUUCUCAUCACGUUUCCUAACAUGGAAACUUCCCUGCUAUAAAUGACCUCAUGCUGUCUGCUGUCAAUUCAGUCUCACACUUCUGCCACUGUUACUGGUGAUUGCUGCUGGCAUGGUGGAGGCUCCCUGUGUGAGGACUGAGGAUUACUGGCUCCUGAUUUAGAUGUAGGUUUCCUAUUCUGGCCAAGCCACGCGUGCCGUAACUGGAUCCAGCCGGCCGAGCGUGUAUCUCCCACUGGGCCUGAGGAUCCAGCCUGAGAUCCAGUCCCACAGUGUUUACUGUCCAGUAAUCCAGGUGUGUCAGUCUGCUCCCUGUCUCUGCCCCCCUGAUGAGAGCAUAGCGCUGCCACCAACGGGGCUCACUGUGACUGGGGCAGGCCAGGCUGUUCUGAGAAGAGGCUCAUCAUGCCAUGCACAGGAGACACGAGGUACCUGGCACCCUAUCAUCAGUACAAGGAUGCUGUCUGCCACCUUGGCAAAAUGUUUCCAUUUUACAGACAGCCCCAUGCCCUAGUCCUCCUCAAAAUCUAUUUUGGGAUAUAAAUCAAAGCUCAGAAUAUACACUGAGUGUACAAAACAUUAGGAACACCUUCCUAAUAUUGAGUUGCAUUCCCUUUUGCCCUCAGAACAGCCUCAAUUCGUCAGGGCAUGGACUCUACAAGGUGUCGAAAGCGUUCCACAGGGAUGCUGGCCCAUGUUGACUCCAAUGCUUCCCAUCGUUGUGAUAAGUUGGCUGGAUGUCCUUUGGGUGCUGGACCAUUCUUGACACACAGGAAACUGUUGAGCAUGAAAAACCCAGCAGCGUUGCAGUUCUUGACACACUGAAACCGGUGCGCUUGGCUCCUACUACCAUACCCGUUCAAAGGCACUUCAAUAUUUUGUCUUUCCCAUUCACCUUCUGAAUGGCACACAUACACAAUCCAUGUCUCAAUUGUCUCAAGGUUUAAAAAUCCUUAUUUAACCUGUCUCCUCCCAAUCUACACUGAUUGAAGUGGAUUUAACAGGUGACAUCAAUAAGGGAUCAUAGCUUUCACCUCGAUUCACCUGGUAAGUCUAUGUCAUGGAAAGAGCAUGUUCCUAAUGUUUUGUAUAGUACAUAGUGUAUCUAUGCUAAAAUCUGAGGAUUAUCCUGAAAAGUAUGUGUAUGUCAAUCAUACAAUGGGGUACAGCAGGGGGCUCCAGUGUAGAUCCAGGAAUAGCCAAUUUCCUAUGAACAGUCCUCUCUGAAUUCAAGUGAAAUCUUUGCUGACGUUGGGUGUUUCAUUGUUCUGGUUUCUAUGGUUUCGUCUCACCUUGAACAUAUUUAGAGAGUGAGUCACCAACUGUCCAGCCACCGGCUUGAUGAGAGUCAACAACAAAGUGUUUUGAAAUCCAUAGCUGUCCGGUCCACAUGAUAAGCCUAUUUGACAGGUUGUUAACAUCACGAUGCCACUGUCUGUCCUCGGCUGUGUCCUAAACCUUUGGUCUGUUAUUGAAGGUCUGUCUUUAUAAGGAUCCAAAUACUUUGCAGUGGGUACGGAUACUUGACUUGUUCAACCGCUUAUUUAUAGAAGGAAAAUAUGUAUUGCCAGGUAAAUUAUAACAUACAGUACCAGUCAAAAGUUUGGACACACCUACUCAUUCAAGGAUUUUUCUGUAUUUUUACUAUUUUUUACAUUGUAGAAUAAUAGUGAUGACAUCAAAACUAUGAAAUAACACAUAUGGAAUCAUGUAGUAACCACAAAAGUGUUAAACAAAUCAAAAUAUAUUUUAUAUCACGGUCCUCAUGAGAGCCAGUUUCAUCAUAGCGCUUGAUGGUUUUUGCGACUGCACUUCAAGAAACUUUCAAAGUUCUUGAAAUGUUAGGUAUUGACUGACCUUAAUGUCUUAAAGUAAUGAUGGACUGUCGUUUCUCUUUGCUUAUUUGAGCUGUUCUUGCCAUAAUAUGGACUUGGUCUUUUACCAAAUAGGGCUAUCUUCUGUAGACCCCCCCUACCUUGUCACAACACAACUGAUUGGCUCAAAUGCAUUACGAAGGAAAUAAAUUCCACAAAUUAACUUUUAAGAAGGCACACCUGUUAAUUGAAAUGCAUUCCAGGUGACUACCUCAUAAAGCUGGUUGAGAGAAUGCCAAGAGUGUGCAAAGCUGUCAUCAAGGCAAAGGGUGGCUAUUUGAAGAUUCUCAAAUAUAAAAUAUACUUUGAUUUGUUUAACACUUUUUUGUUUACUACAUGAUUCCAUAUGUGUUAUUUCAUAGUUUUGCUGUCAUCACUAUUAUUAUACAAUGUAAAAAAUAGUAAAAAUACAGAAAACCCCUUGAAUGAGUAGGUGUGUCCAAACUUUUGACUGGUAGUGUAGAUCUUAAACUACAUACAGAAAGGCUUAGCCAAACUCAUGACACAGCUGCAAUAGGAAAACAUGGACUGUUCUCUCUGUUCUCAUGGACUGUUCUCUCUGCUCCCGUCCGGUAGGCAGUACCGGAGCAUCGGGUCUUGGACCAAAAGGCUCAGAGACAGCUUCUUUCCCUAAGCCAUAAGACUGUUGAAUAGACAACUACCACGGCCCUCCCUUUCUCCCACGGACUAUCCUCACUGACUACCUGCACUGACUCUAUGCUCAUCGAUAGGUGUCUACCCACUAAGGCACACACGCCUACACAGACACUCUUCUCACACACGCAUACAAACACACACACACACGCACCCACACACUCACUACUGACACCACACACUUACACUCAUCACCAUGCACACACCCACUCACCACAUACGCAAUUGCUAUAGUGAUUAUAGUGAUUACUAACUUGAAACUUGAAACACUACGGCGAUUCACACACCAGGAUUCUUUUAACAGGGAAAUGCUUGGUGGUAAUUGACAGUAUGCCCUAUAGGGCAUGCGGGAGGAGGGCCUGUAUCUAUGUAUAGCACUCUGAAUGGAGGGUGAUUCAACCCCUACAGAUCACGUGAGCACUCCUUUUGGCAUGUAUCCAAGGGUGAUGCAAGAUGACAACAAACAAAUAACUGUAUAUAUGUGUAUGUAUAUAUAUAUAUAUAAAACAUGGGGGAUUGGAAGUGAUGCAGACAAUUACAUUGAUGGAAGUUACAAUCUAUCUGCAAUAUUAAGCUGAUCUACCCCCUAAAAAGGAAAAAAAUAGAAACUCCCACUAACCGAGGCCCUUCUCAGUCUUGGGUGGGUAGGGGCUUUGGGACGGGGUAGCGCCAUAGUUCAUGGAACUCCACCACCCUCUCACCACACUUCCUUAUGAGAGACUGGGGAACUCGAUAGUCAGUGUAUAAAGUCUCUUCUCCCGAGCUGCGGUUAGAAAUUACUCUCACCUCAAUUUGUCUAGACAUGAGCUCAAAGACUCUUUUUCACCAGCUCCUCUGUGCAGAAUGGCCAGCUGUGCUGGGUGGAGAUUUGUGUUUAUGUUCAGGGCCAGCGUCAGUUGUAAUCCGAAGGUAAAGUCACCCGUACAGUGCCAAUCCAAAUGUAGCUAAUCAUAAUGAGUUUAAAAAGGGCCCCUCCAAUUAGUUAAUGAAUGGAGUUAAUGGAUGUAUGUAACUUCAUUUCUUUGUAACUGAAUACACAAACCCCUAAUUACAAUCAACUGUUCUGGAAGAAGGAUGGUUUUACAACAAGCUUUUAUGUCCUCCGUCACUGUACUGACAAUGUGCCAUGAUGUGAUAUAACAUAAGCCUUGGGCGGUGCACAAUUGGUCCAGCGUCGUCCAAGGUAGGGGAGGGUUUGGCCGGCAGGGAUGUGGGUUUGUUUCCCACGGGGGGCCAGUAUGAAUAAAACAUUUAAAAACAUGUAUGCAUUCACUAACUGUAAGUCGCUCUGGAUAAGAGCGUCUGCUAAAUGACUAAAAUGUAAAAAUGUAAAAAUGUUGAUGGUAGGUGAGCCAGUGGAUCCUUAUAGUGGAAUUGUACCGUAUGACAAUGUAGGACGCAUAUAACAGGAUGUAAAUUACAGUAGGCUGUAUUGCUUCUCAAGCCAGGCCUGGUAGUAAGAUGAAGCCUGUGUAGUGGAUUCUAGUCAACCAUAAAGGUUGCCCCUUAGGGCACAGAAAAGUCUACCCUGCGAGCUUGGUAAGAGAAAACCAGUGGGAUGGUAGCCAUACUAUUUUCCUUGGCCACGGAGCAGCUCCUGUGAAAAGUCAAAAGCCUUUGAAAUCCAGCUUGAACCAGCUCUGCCACUCUUAAAAGUUCCUGCCUGCCUGCUGAGAACAGCUGGCACUGGCACAAUGUCCCGGCUGGCACGGUUCACAUGCACAACUUCCAACUUCCAACUCACAAAAUCAUAUGAUAUGAAAACGGAGUAACCACAGUACCAUCUGUACUACAUUUCAAAACAUUGCUUUGGGACACUCUUACUGUUGUUUAUUUUUAGGGAAUUUGAGCUAAUCAGAUUUUCCAAUAUUUUUGAAGGUCACACAGAUCACUGUAAAGGGCCUUCUUUUUUAAACCAAACCAUCUGACCUUUUAAUGCCAUCUAGAGAGAUGGGUUACAUUUAGCAGCAUAGAUUCAUGUCCCUAUGACACAACAGUUGGCCAAGACUGCGCUCCUGCACUGAACUCCCUGAAUGGCUGGAUGCUAUUGGCCCAGUGGGUCCUGAACGUCCAGUAUGGCAGGAUACUAUUGGUCCAAUGGGUCCAGGCAAGUGAGUGAGUGUAGAUCAGAUGUCAACCAUGUGAUGGGGUUUCUGUUUGCUCUAAUAGCAGAGAGGCUACAGUCAAAAUAUUGAUCCUUCCAAAGUUUCAAGACCUGUCACAAUAAGAAUAGAUAGUUAAAUGAAAUAAAAAGUAUGUUAUCCUUUCAUGGCAAAGAAAAUAACUUUUGAAGACCUUGUUUGUGUCACGUUCGUUGAACAGAGAUGAGGACCAAGGCGCAGCGUUGCAGGCAAACAUACUCUUUAUUAGAGACACGAUCAAAAACCACAAAACGAAAACGUGACAGUUCACGGUCUAACCCAACAGACUCGAAACAAGAUCCCACAAACUCUGUGGGGAAACAGGCUGCUAAAGUAUGGUUCUCAAUCAGAGACAACAAGCAACAGCUGAAUCACGUUGCCUCUGAUUGAGAACCACACUGGCCAACAUAGAACAACAAUACUAGAAAGUGAAACCUAGAACAAAACACAUAGACUUUACACAAAACACAUAGACUUUACACAAAACACAUAGACUUUACAGUCCCCAGAGCCAGGGCGUGACAGUACCCCCCCCCUAAAGGCGCGGACUCCGACCGCGCCCACCAAAUACCACAGGGGAGGGACCGGGUGGGCACUCCGCUUAGGCGGCGGAUCCGGCUUCGGGCCUGAUCCCCGCUCCAACCCCCCAAAGUACCCCUGGUCCGGUCUGGCCCCGCUGGCCGGAGCUGGACUGCACACUGGUGGAGCGGAUUGCUCUAGCUCCGGCGUGAAGCAUCUGACCGGUGCCGGACCAGCCACCGGUGGAACAGGCACGGGCCGUGCCGGACUGACGACGCACACCACUGGCUUGGUGUGGGGAGCAGGAGCGGGCCGAGCCGGGCUGACGAAACGCACCACUGACUUGGUGCGGGGAGCAGGAGCGGGCCGGACCGGGCUGACGAAGCGCACCACUGACUUGGUGCGGGGAGCAGGAACGGGCCGUGCCGGGCUGACGAAGGGCACCACUGACUUGGUGCGGGGAGCAGGAACGGGCCGUGCCGGGCUGAUGAAGCGCACCACUGACUUGGUGCGGGGAGCAGGAACGGGCCGAGCUGGGCUGACGAAACACACCACUGACUUGGUGCGGGGAGCAGGAAUGGGCCGGACCGGGCUGACGACGCGCACCACUGACUUGGUGCGGGGAGCAGGAAUGGGCCGGACCGGGCUGACGACGCGCACCACUGACUUGGUGCGGGGAGCAGGAACGGGCCGGACAGGGCUGACGAAACGCACCACUGACUUGGUGCGGGGAGCAGGAAUGGCCGGACAGGGCUGACGAAAUGCACCACUGACUUGGUGCGGGGAGCAGGAAUGGGCCGGACUGGGCUGGCGACGCACACCACAGACUUGGUGCGGGGAGCAGGAACAGGCCGGGCCGAGCUGGCGACGCGCCCCGUAGACUUGGUGCGAGUGGCAGGAACAGGCCGGACCGUACUGGGAACACACACCACUGGCCCUACGUGGGGAUCAGGAACAGGCCGGACCGGACUGGCAACACACGCCAGUACCUCUCGCCGUGCCUCUACAUCCUCCUUCCCCCUGGUGACCAGUGACUCCCGUAACCCGGCGGCCUCCUGCUGCCCCGUCGUCCACGGCGUUAGCCCCCCCCUAAAAAAUGUAUGGGCUUCACUCCUACCCGUGGACCAGGUCUCCAUGCUUCUCGCCAGCCUUUCGCCCUUCUGCCUCCACGUCAAGCCCCUCUCUUCCUCACAUGGCUUGACCCAGUCGAGGAGGCAAAGGAGAUCCGCUAGAGAUCUCUCAGGCGCUGGCUCCUGGACUUGCUGCUUGGUCCAGUCUUGGUGGGAUCUUCUGUCACGUUCGUCGAACAGAGAUGAGGACCAAGGCGCAGCGUUGCAGGCAAACAUACUCUUUAUUAGAGACACGAUCAAAAACCACAAAACGAAAACGUGACAGUUCACGGUCUAACCCAACAGACUCGAAACAAGAUCCCACAAACUCUGUGGGGAAACAGGCUGCUAAAGUAUGGUUCUCAAUCAGAGACAACAAGCAACAGCUGAAUCACGUUGCCUCUGAUUGAGAACCACACUGGCCAACAUAGAACAACAAUACUAGAAAGUGAAACCUAGAACAAAACACAUAGACUUUACACACCCUGGCUCAACAUAUUAGAGUCCCCAGAGCCAGGGCGUGACAGUUUGUCUGCUAUUUUCUUCAUGUCAAAUAUCAUGUGUCCUAAAUUCUCGUACAUUACCUCGGUUGAAAUAGUUCAAGUAUUCAGGUUUUUGUUGUUUUGAGGCGAGAGUUCUUGAACCCUUCCGAAGUAACAAACACAAAAUGUUGCACCGGCAAACUGAUUCUGAAAAUCGCAUAUUAGCCAACCAAACAACAUCUGACUAGAUAUGGUAGGGCAUCUGGUUGGGCAUCUCCGGCGCUGCUCACUCUUGAAUUGCGACCUGACAGGUCGCUCCUACCAGGUGGCGUGGCGAGAAUCUGUCUCCGCACCACGUGCUCUCACCACUGGUGUCCCCCAGGGCUCAGUUCUAGGCCCUCUCCUAUUCUCUCUAUACACCAAGUCACUUGGCUCUGUCAUAUCCUCACAUGGUCUCUCCUAUCAUUGCUACGCAGAUGACACACAAUUAAUUUUCUCCUUUCCCCCUUCUGAUAACCAGGUGGCGAAUCGCAUCUCUGCAUGUCUGGCAGACAUAUCAGUGUGGAUGUCGGAUCACCACCUCAAGCUGAACCUCAGCAAGACGGAGCUGCUCUUCCUCCCGGGGAAGGACUGCCGCUCCAUGAUCUCACCAUCACGGUUGACAACUCCAUUGUGUCCUCCUCCCAGAGUGCAAAGAACCUUGGCGUGACCCUGGACAACACCCUGUUGUUCUCCGCUAACAUCAAAGCGAUGACCCGAUCCUGCAGGUUCAUGCUCUACAACAUUCGCAGAGUACGACCCUACCUUACACAGAAAGCGGCACAGGUCCUAAUCCAGGCACUUGUCAUCUCCCGUCUGGAUUACUGCAACUCGCUGUUGGCUGGGCUCCCUGCCUGUGCCAUUAAACCCCUACAACUUAUCCAGAACGCUGCAGCCCGUCUGGUAUUCAACCUUCCCAAGUUCUCUCAUGUCACCCCGCUCCUCCGCACACUCCACUGGCUUCCAGUUGAGGCUCGCAUCUACUACAAGACCAUGGUGGUUGCCUACGGAGCUGUGAGGGGAACGGCACCUCCUUACCUUCAGGCUCUGAUCAGACCCUACACCCAAACGAGGGCACUACGUUCAUCCACCUCUGGCCUGUGAGGGGAACGGCACCUCCUUACCUUCAGGCUCUGAUCAGACCCUACACCCAAACGAGGGCACUACGUUCAUCCACCUCUGGCCUGCUAGCUCCCCUACCUCUACGGAAGCACAGUUCCCGCUCAGCCCAGUCAAAGCUAUUCGCUGCUCUGGCAUCCCAAUGGUGGAACAAGCUCCCCCACGACGCCAGGACAGCAGAGUCACUGACCACCUUCUGGAGACACUUGAAACCCUACCUCUUUAAGGAAUACCUGGAAUAGUAUAAAGUAAUCAUUCUUCCCCUACCCCCCAUAAAAAAUAAAAAAUAAAAUAAAAAAAGGUGGUUGUCCCACUGGCUAUCAUAAGUUGAAUGCACCAAUUUGUAAGUCGCUCUGGAUAAGAGCGUCUGCCAAAUGAUGUAAAUGUAAAUGUAAAUAUGGUGAGACUUUUAUGUCACAACAGCUGUCAUACAUAGAGUACACUGCAUGAAUCCCUCAUGCCUGAUUCCAUAAACGUUUAAAAACUGUUUGCCCUCCUGAUGUGACUCUCACACUGUUGACCACCAUGACCAUGUGUCAGUGCUGUCGCUUGCGAAAUUCCAAAAAAGGCUGCCUGACCUGUACCCAGGGGCCAUAACACUGUUAACGACAGUUUGUUCUUCUGCUGAUGUUGAUCAUGAACAUUUUGAUGUUGAUGUGGUAUUAGACAUGUUGGGCAAGCUUCAUAAAGAUCCCAAUGUGUUUGUGCUUGGUUGAAUACCUCUUCUUGUGGCUGUCACUGUGUUUUAUGGGGUUAGGGGUGGAGGCAGUGUCUGGCAGAGGCCAAUCCGCUCCAAGCUGAAGUCACUCGAUAUGAGGGAUCAUGGGCCCCAAAAUAGCCCUCUAGAGUGUAUAUAGGGACCCUCUCCCACCUGCUCCAUCAGACCACCAGCCUGUACAAAGCCAGAGGAUACUGUAGUGAAAUACCAAAAGACAGGAGAAAUAAGACAGGAGGCACGAGGGAGAAAUCCGGAGAACCAGAAGGAAAGAAAGACAUACAAAGAGGAUGUUUGGCCAGUGAGACGAGACGUGCUACUCUGGUUGGAAACUCAAGGAUCAGAAGGAAGUGAGAAAAGUCAAGGACGAUAAGCGUGGAAAGGACAAAGGAAUUUGUUUGCCCUGACUGGAUUGCAAAGUUUUCUUGGAUUUUUCCCACCCCUCCUCCUGGGCUGAGCGCAUAGGGGGAGGAAGAACCGUGUUGACCGCAGGGAUGAAGUACAGCUACCAGCUACCAGUGUCAUCGUACACCACGCGAUAUAGUCAGUACACACCAAUGACAUACACACCAACGCACUACACCCCCACCAAUUACACACCUACGCACUACACCCCCACCAAUUACACACCUACGCACUACACCCCCACCAAUUACACUCCUACGCACUACACCCCCACCAAUUACACACCUACGCACUACACCCCCACCAAAUACACCCCCACUUCAUAUACCCCAACGAAGUACAGCUCAACUCACUACACCCCCACAAGCUACACCCCAUCACUUUACACACCUACACACAAAACCACUUCCAGUUACACCCCUUCAUACAGCAAAGGAACACACUAUAGUGCUGCUACACGUCGCACAACACACAUACCUGCACAGCAGACUCCUGCACCUCUACCACUCAAGCCAGUCCGGGCUGUACACUUCUCCAAUGACAUUAUCUUCCAGGACUGUGUCCGACAUGGUGAGAUGGAGCAGAUUGGACGCUUUAUGAGAGCGAGGAAAGUACGUCUGCAUACCCUCUUCCCAUCUGGUGAGUGAACCUACAAAUAGAUAAAGACAGAGGAAAAGUGUUGAGAGUUACCACAGCAGGCAAUGGCACCUACAACUGUCUGCAUGAAAACAUAGUCACAAACUACUACGCCUUAUUUUCCGGAGUAAAUUGUGAUAUUGUGUUGACAAAUAUAAAACUACUGAGAAGUUAAAGGGUCUAAUUUAUUUUCUAAAUAUAUAUCUAUAUUCUAAACCAGUAAAAGCAUAAAGGCUCUAAAUAAUUGUUUGACAAAUGCACAGUGAAAGUUCAGAAAAGUUCUGAAGUUAAAAGCAGGGGUUGAAAUGACAGAAGAGCAGUGUAAGGGUGUGUACAGUGCAGCUGAGCCCUCCUCUGACUGGGCCCAUGUAUGGUGCUCUGUGUGCAGGUAUGGCAGCGCUCCAUGAGGCCGUACUCACAGGGAACCUGGAUUGCGUGAAGCUGCUGGUGAGAUAUGGAGCUGAUGUCCACCAGAGAGAUGAGGACGGCUGGACGCCGCUACACAUGGCCUGCAGUGACGGCUUCCCCGAAAUCGCCAGGUUGGUGUACAAAUGAAACACAAACUCAUAAAACAUACGGAUACCACAAAACACAACAUUCAAUUGAUCUAAUGGCUUCUAUCAUGCAACAUUGCUGCCUCUUUGAGAAAUAACUAUUCUGACAAAAGGCAGGUAGUGAUUAGCUAACCAUACUGACCUCGGUGACCUGAUUGAACCAGACAUGCAGCAUUUCAUAGCCAGUGUGAAUAUAGACAAUGAAGAUGAUGCCUUGUGUGAAUGUGACUUGUGCUGAACAACACUGUAUUUUGUCCCUCCUUAGCUACCUGCUCUCUCUUGGUGCCAGUGCAGCGGCGGAGAACGAGAACGGGGAGAAGCCAGUGGACCUCAUUGACCCAGACUGUAAGGAGCUGGUCAAUCUGUUUGAGGCAGGCUGUGUGUAACUCACUGGCCACCUACAGGACAGGACCUGAAGGAGCUUGAUGUGGACAGAUGGACAGUGUGCCCUGGUCCUGAGACUAGCUUCUUGGAAUGGAAAAGCCCAGCCAGAGAGAAGGAGAAAGACUGGGACAAGGGACCAGGCCACUUUUCCUGCUACAGAGCACUUGUAGCCUACUCUUUGCUAAAUGCAUAAUCGUGACACACAAUGCUUUUUGGAGAGGUUUUGUAUUUCAUGUUGGACUAUGCUUUGUAAAGGUUAUUAUUUUUUGUAUCUUUUUCCUUCUUUGCUUGAAAGAAGUUGGCUACUUUUUGUUUGGUUCUUUUCUACAAAAACAUGCAAACCAGUCUUGUCACUUUAGUUGUCACAAACAGCAUCUCAGGCUGUUCAUAGCACCAGCAGCUUUUAGUUUCCCAGAUCAUGUAGCACCACAUACCAAAAAAGACAGUGACACACCACAGUAAACAGUUGUUAUUUAAUCUGUGUAAUGAAUCAAUAGGGUAUGUCUUCAUUCUGAUUACCCAAUGAGAUCACCCAGCCCAAUUCUGUGAUCAAUCUUGUACAAAUCUGACUGUCCAUUGCUUGAAUUUUCCACAAAACUACCCAGCAUUGAGGAUAGUUCCUGCACAUGGGCAGAGACUAUUUUCAACUCACUGCUUCCAAAAGUACAGACAGAGUACAGACUGUAUUUGGCAUUGUUCUCUGCAUUUAACCUGUGUGUUUUUGGCUUAGAAAAAGUUGUGUGUAUCUUCUCUGCUGAGCAGAGAGAGGGCGUCAACAACAAUUCACAUCAAAAAUGACAUUUCAUUUGGUAGGCCAGAGAUCAUCGGAAAAUAGCUACUAUGCCAUACAGGCACUUGUGCUGCUGUAUUGGCAUUUUUCCUAUUAUGCUCGGCUGUUGUUAUUUUCUGAAAUAGUUCAAAGUGUUGCUGAAAGUGUAAGUGGUAUUCUGACCAUUUCAGCUAAUCUAAUGAAUUUCACCAAUGAAAGUCUUACUUGUUUAUCUUUUUUGUACAAAAUAUUUUCAUAAAUAAAGGUGCUUUUUGUAAAUAUUGAUGAAAUGAA